AUGAAUGAACCAAUCAGACAUUUUUUCCUAAGAAGUCUUCAAUUAAAUUACGAUGUUGAAGACGCACAAAGCGCUGAAUCUCUAGUUUCAAUAUGUGCUGCUGCAUUAUUCAUUGGUCUGAUGCUCUCGUUCAUAGUUAUGGGGAAGCUCAUGGAUGGUCUUGGAAGGAAACAAACGAUAUUGUUGAGAAGUUUUCUUGGAAUCAUUGGAUCAGCUUUGAUGUUGACGGCUCAACUAAUUAAUCGAUUCGAGUUAUUCAUUAUUGGCCAUUUCAUUUCGGGAUUCAUAUCAGGCCUUCGAGUCGUUUUAAUUAUUUGGAUGGCUGAAUGCAGUCCGGACUCGAAAAGAGGGCUCACGUCGCUGGCAAUCAAUUCUGGCGGCGUUUUAAUGGUCCUUCUAGUUACUCCACUUUGUCUGCCAUUCAUUUUUGGAAACGAUGAUCUAUGGAUAUUCAUCCCUUGCGUAACCGCAUUGCUAGCAGCAACGCAUUUGGUUUUCAUCAUUUUUCUACCGCAAAGCCCGAAGCAGCUUUUUAUUAGGAAUCGUGACGAGCAAGAAGCGAGAAAAUCGUUGAGAUUUUACUAUGGAGACAAUUGCAGCGAAAUUGACGACGCGAUUUGUGAGAUGAUUCAUGAAAGUAAGCAGGCGGAACUAGAAAAAUCUUCAAUUUUGAACAUUUUGCAGCACGAAACUCAUAGAUUCUCAUUUUUCCUAGUUUUCAUAUGCUCUCUCGUUCCUGUAUUUUCUGGAUUAAAUAUUAAAAGCCAAUAUUUGGUUGAAAUUCUGAUAUCGUUUGGACUCGAGCAGUCGCAGGCGACGAUUGCAUUAAUGGCGAUAUCAAUAGCAUCGCUUCCGAUUUCAUUAAUGUCGCCGGUGAUGAUUGAAAAGUACGGACGGCGUCCGAUUUUUGUCAUUCUAACAUGGCUGUGCGCGCUCGAAUGGAUCGGAUUCGCAAUUGCCCAAGCUUUUGUUGAUUUGAAUAUUGUUUCUCCAUUACCAUGGAUUAUUGCUUGCUUCGCAAGUGUGCUUGGCCAGUCAGCAUUGAACAUGGGAAUGCUUGUGAUGGCGCCAAUUAUGAUCUCCGAACUCUGCCCCCAUAAUAUCCGAGCAGCUGUCUCGCAGUAUACGCAAGUUCCGCCAAUCACCAUUGCGGUUUUGGAAGUUUUAAUGUUUCCAAUUCUCCGAUCAUCGUUUGGAGCCGCUCUAUUUUUAUUUUUAUCAACUUGCUGUGCAGCGCUUGCUGUAAUUCUUCAAAACCAGAUGUUGGAAACUGCGGGAUUGGCGGUUGAUGAAAUUGUUUGUCGAUUAAAAAAACAGCAUACGCUUCAUCGAUCAAACACCUCGGUUGGUUGGAUGCAUUAUGGAAGCAUGUGGGAAGACGAUCUGGAUCCGAGAGAAGCAACAUUAUCUUCUCAAUCGAAGUAUAGGAAGACAUAA